UUAACGCCGAACGUCCGCCUUGACUGCUCAGUGACGUGAAAAGAUAUAAUGCUUUGCUACCCACAGAGGGUUGCGACCUUAUUUAGGCCUUAAUUUCCACCUCCAUCUCUCGAUAAAAUCCAACUCAGCCACACCCUUCUCACCAAAGCACCUUUGCUCCACUUUGUACCAUACCAAUCGACAUGUCGCCUCAUAGGUCAGAUUCGAUGGAAGCCCAAGACAACAUCAGAAAGCGAGUAUGCAAGGCUUGCGACCGAUGCCGAUUGAAGAAGUCAAAAUGCGACGGAUCAAGCCCUUGCACUCGAUGCAAAGCCGACAACGCCAUCUGCGUAUUUGGCGAGAGGAAGAAGUCGCAAGACAAAGUGUACCCGAAAGGAUAUGUUGAGAUGCUCGAACAGCAACAAACCCAAUUGGUAGCCGGUCUUAGAGAACUGUACAGUCGCCUGCAACGAGGCGAGAGUUGGCCAGGACAGCCUUUGCAAGAAUCCUCAGGCGGCCAUCCUUUGACGCACGACAUCCUGGAACGUCUUGAUCUUUUGCAAUCACCCGGAGACGACAAGAGCCACUAUGAGGGUUUCGAAGAAGAUUGCAACCGCAUGCAACAAAGACUGGUUGAAGGAGGCGCCCCAUACACCCGACGACGGGCAUCCGUUAGCUCAGACUCUGAUCAUGGCCACGUUUCGCCAAACUCGUCGCAUAACAGUACACCGACAACCAAAUCUUUCGCUUUCGACAGUCCGUUUGCGCGCCACAACGCGCCGCCAACACCGCCGAUGAACAGCCCAUUCCCUCGACAGUCCCAAGUAGUGUCGCCGCCAAUCAAGCAAGAAACACAAAUGGCACCAGCACCAUAUAUGAACACCAGCGCUAUGGAUCCUUCCAGUCUAUCACGGGCGCCAUGGAUGAACGACUCCAUCAUGAUGGACGAUCCCGUAGACUUCAGCAAGCCCAUGUAUGGAUUCGACAACUUCAGCGCAUACGACCAGAACAUGAUGGUAGAUCCCAUUUCAAUGAGCCAAAGCGAUCCGAUGAUGCCAGACUGGAACAUCCACAGCGACCUGGAUUUCAGCAGUUUCAUACAAAACCCGGUCGGCGCAUGAUAAUUGGUUCGGACUUAACUCCGCUUCUCUCCGUCUCUUCAUUUAGCGUUCAAGCGUUCUGGG